AUGGCUGGGACCAAAACAACUUCCAUACUUCAACAAAGAAAAUUGAAGAAAGUGUUCCUGGCCGUUUUUGCCGUCGCGCUUUUCGUGUUCAUUUUCCAUGUGUUUCAGUACAACAAAGAGAAAAAGCUCGAUAAAGAAGUAACGCAUAUCCUCAUGCCGUUAGAGAUCUCGCCGACCAAAAAAGGUUUCCCUAGAAAAGAAGACUACGAGAAAGAAUAUCCCCUGUUGCUGGUGGACGAGCAGUUGGUGAUUUGUUACGAGAACAAUGUGGACUACCGGAAAGCGUCGUUCGCAACCACGUUGUCCGAUUCGACGGAUGACCCGAGCACAACACAACGCAACCACCAUCAGCAACAACCAGAACAAACCAAUGGGACGGAACCGACGAUAUAUUUUGUCACGCCAACGUAUCCCAGGCGUGAGCAGAUGGCGGAAAUAGUUCGCUUAGGCCAAACGCUGAUGCACGUGCCCCGGUUGCACUGGAUUGUGGCCGACGAUACGGUGAGCUGCAGCGAGACAUUAAACAGUCAUCUGCGAAAGUUCGGCAUACCGUACACCCAGCUGGCCAGCCCCAUGCCGGAGGUAUACCGUGCUCGGAAAAAUGCUCCCCGGGGAGUAGCCAAUAGGCGGGCGGCACUAAACUGGAUCCGAAGAAAUCACAAGAAAUCGGGUGUCCUGUACUUUGGUGACGAUGACAACACCUUCGAUCUGAAGCUGUUUAGCGAGAUUCGGUACACGAAGAAAGUGUCCAUGUUCCCAGUGGGAUUGAUUGGAGACUAUGCCGUCAGCACACCCAUCGUACGGAACGGACGGGUGGUGGGAUUCUUCGACUCGUGGCCAGCGAAGCGUAAGUGGCCCGUCGAUAUGGCUGGUUUUGCGGUUAGCCUCGAGUAUCUAGCACUCAGCCCGAACGCGACCAUGCCCUUCAAAGCGGGCUACGAGGAGGACGAGUUUCUGAAAAGCAUCGGCCUGAAGCAGGAAGACAUUGAGCCGAAGGCGCGGAACUGCACCGAAAUCCUCGUGUGGCAUACGCAAACCAAGGGCAGCAAAUCGCCUACCGUUCGAAUCGGGAUGGACCGGCAAAAGUUAGACGAGCUGAAUCUUGGCGGGUUGCUGAGCAGGCUUGAAAAAAUGGGAGUGAAUCAUAUCAGCGAGUCGGAAGGCACCACCGCUCAAGCCAUAGUAAACGGAAGUGUAAAGCCACUAUCAUUUUGGUUUAGUUAAUAACUUCGUGAUCAUCUGCAGUAGCGUGAUGCUGUGGAAAUUCCCAACAACAACAAAAAAAAACGCA